AUGGCGGUCUUAGCGUGGUUUGUAGUGGUAGUUUAUGUAUUAUUGCCGGUAGAUUUUACCCAUGGUCUUUAUUUUCAUAUGGGAGAAACCGAAAAGAAGUGCUUUAUUGAAGAAAUACCGGAUGAAACCAUGGUCACUGGUGAGUUUUUUACCAUGCUUUUAACUCUCGAAGUAAACUUUUUCGACUGCACAUUUUUUAAAAGUUAACCUCAUGAUUUCAGUAAUGAGACGUGUUCUGAAGCUAGAAAUUUAGCAAAAGCUUUUAGCUUGCGUUCUAUCCUUUAGAUAACUUAUCAAAGGUUUUUUUAAUCCGGUAUAGCCAGCCAUACAUUAUUAUUGAUAUUGUAGCCCUGCCACUCCACAAAACCUUGCAAAUCUGGAGAUAUUGAAAAAAAGCAUCCCAAAACCUGGAGAUUAGGUCCUCGCACUCUGAUAUUUUCUAAAUGUGUAUAAGAUGAAGCUGGAAAAGGUAGAUUUUUAAGAUACCAUAGGACAAAUUUUGUCUCGUGGUAUCACCAUAUUGACUUUACCUCAUAAUACUGCUCUCUAUUGUAGUUUUUUGCUGCUUUUUGCAGAGGUGACUACAGUGAGUAGCCAUUUUGAGUUAAUUGUUCACAGAUUAAGCCCUCCCACAGACUUAGGGCACUUUCCGUUUAGGUAAAAAAUCCGGAAAUUUCAGUGGGAACAAAAAAUGUAUUUUCCGAUAGGUAAAAAGUUGUUCCCUUUGAUCGUAAACCCCAGAAUGGCCCUGAGCCCGUUGCCCGAUGGGAGACCAAGAUGGCUGCUGCAUUGGUAACAAUUGAAACUGGUGUAAAGCACAAGUGGAACAUGAAAUUUCGUUCAAAGAGUUCCAACCGGGAAAAUGGGCCUACCUUUUUAGAUUUUCCACUUUUUCCUGGAUUUUCCAGUGGGACGAACAGACGAAAUGUUUUCCAUUUUCUACCGAACCAAAAUUUCUGAAAAUUUUUGACAAAAUGGAGAGCACCCUUAAGCUCACCUUUGUUUCAGAAAUGAGGUUGGAAUUGUUCCUAGUUUUCCCUCAAAAAUUAGAAUUGAGACAAUUUGGCCAGCUUCAUUUCUAUUGAAAUUGUGUUGCAGUUUGAAGCUUAAUUGUGAGAUCAUGAGUUGAUAGCCCAAACCACAAGUCAUCAAUCAAAUUGUGAGAGUUGGCUGUUCUGAGGCCUUCCGAGGAAAGGGGCGGGGGGGAUUAUGCUGUUGCUUUGUCAGUCAUUUCUGAGACUGCCUGUUGCCUGGUAGGUUUAGAAAAAAGUUGCUGUCACAUUUUAACUGCGAUGAAAAUGCCACUGUCGGCUCCGUAUAAAUUGGAAUUUACGGCAGAAAUAGCACUUGGAAACAAUUAAUUGUUGUAAACCUUUCUCCCUUGGGGGACCAUUCUUGAACAAUACCUUGGUUAAAAACGUUCCAAAGAAAAUAAAAGAAAAUGUUUGGAAAUAAUGGAGGGGAGUUUGUUACUUUGCUGCUGAAACAGCCAAAAUACAAAAGUGAGCAGAUGUCUCUUUCACUACUCAAACAAUGGAUUGUCACUGUCCUCCUUUUCUUUCGAAGCUUUCGGAGAGGAUUUUUAGGGCCAUGUAGGCUGUCACUUCUAUCCUUUUGAAGGCCUCAGUUCUCACAUAUCAGAGAAGCCUUAAAUUUUUGUGGGUAUUAUGGCCGAAAGAUGCAGAUCUGUCUCAGUUGUAAGCAACUAAUUAUGCUGUGUUUUCUCAAUUCAAUGCUAACUCUUAACAUAAAAAGCCCCAGGGAUGUGCAUGCUGUGCUAUAAAAACAAUUAUUGGAGGGAGGCCAGUGUUCUGAAACUUAAGAAAUCCAGGGGCCGGUUUCUCGAAAGUCCCGAUAAUUAAUGGGCCCGGUAAGCUGUCUCCGUUUACAUUAAAGAUCGAGGUUUCAAUAGUUUUGCAUCUAACAUGAUAAAACUGUCAGUUAAUGAAACAAAAUGGAGUAGUUUGCUAGCCAGGACCUGCGCUCUUUUUCUUUAUAUUUUGAUUUGAAUAUUUGAUUUCGGGUGCGUAAAGUUACCGGGACUUUCGAGAAACGGGCCCUUCGGUCCCCAGCAUAUUGUUUUCUUGUUGCCAAAGGGCACAAGUUGUUAUCCAGUUGUCCUUUGGACAAGCACUAUAUUAAAUUUUAUCGUCAGAAACCCAAGAGUUCGUUUCCAAAAAUUUUGCUCAAAACUCGAAACUCAAAAACAAACCGGGCAUUUAAGGUUUUUAAUCACAUUAUUAGCCUUGUAAAUAAUGUUCUUGAGUGACUUGAAUGUUAAUAUAAUAUCAUGCACAAUCUUAAUAGUACAAAUGACUAAUGUCUUAACAGGCCUGGUUACUAAGGCCAGAAAAACAAAAUUAAUGAAAUGUCCACAGAAUGGCGAACUUAAAAGGGAUUUAACUUUAUUUCAUCCGGCAUGAGGUUAAUAAUAUUGCUUUUAUGACUAAUAAGAUAAAUUUUGAUUGAUUAAAAAUGUGCUUGUCCCAUGGACAAGUCAUGUUAAAGCUUUACACAUGACGGAACUAAAUUUCUACCUGUCCCAGACAAUUGGACAGGUUUUGGCACACCCUGAUCUGGACCAUGGGACUCUGCUAGAACACAACAUUGUACUACAAGGGUGCCAAGAUACAUGGCUUUUAAGAGACUGGAAUCAUAACACCUUCUUGAAAAGCAUUUGAACUUUAUAUCUGGGUUUUCCUUUAAACCAAUGCACCUAAUGGUCUGGAAAUACUUUUCGUUUUCAACAGGAAAAUACAAGACACAACUUUAUGAUGAGAACAUUGGAGAUUUUCUUCCCUCUAGUCCUGGUAUUGGCAUGCAUGUAGAAGUUAAAGAUCCCAACAUGAAAGUUAUUUUGUCUAAAUAUUAUGCAUCUGAAGGCCGUUUCACCUUUACGUCACAUUCACCUGGUGAACAUCUUAUUUGCUUGCACUCCAACUCCACUCGAUGGUCCCUUUGGACCGGAGGAAAAUUGGUGAGUAGGAAGAAUUUCACUCUCGGUUGAGUAUAGUGUACUUUGGGGCCCGGUUCCUCGAAAGGUGGUUAAGUUUAACCUAGAGUUAAACUGAAUUUUAAGCAAGGUUUUCUUGUCUAAGGACAUGCAACUAGAACGUACAACAUACUAUUGGGCCUUUACUCUGAGAUAUGGUAAUGGUAACACAAAAUGUUACUUAAAGCAAUACAUAGGAAGGUAGCAGUUUGGUAACUUAACUGUAAGUUUCAGUAUCUGUCACUAAAUAAUCGUUGCACAACUGCAGCUCUAUCUCUAUCUCUGAAAAGAAACAAAAAAAACAGUUCUAGUUAGUGGGAGCUCAAGUUAUUGGGAUGAGUGAAUAUGCUACAGGUCAAAAUUAAAUAAUUCAAAUAAUUCAUUAAUUUGACCUGUAACAAAUAUUCAAUUUCCCUUGUUCAAAAUGGAUAGUUACUGAUGAUUCGCUCAGCACUUCGGUGUAUAGUACAGUCCAAAUUUAACUUAUUUCAUAAGAAACGGUCACGUGAUGCAUUUUUAUGAUAAAAUGUGAUAUUUUUUUUCACUAGUUAAAUUCAAAUUGCUGUAAUGUUAGUUUUAGUGUUUUUACCUGUUAUAUAACAAGAGGAGCUAAUGGGAUGGGAUGGGAUGGCAUCCGAGUGUGUUACAAGAACCAGAAUUUGAGUUAUGGAGGGUAAAUUUCAGUGACAUUUUGAUCAGGGGAAUGUAAAUUUACUUCGAGUUAGUGGAGAAUUCGAGUUAUCCGAGUUCGAGUUAACCAAGUUAAAAAUUACUGAAAAGUGGGGUGAAAUCCAAAGGAAAUCAAUAGGACUUAGUUCGAGUUAGUUGGGAGUUUGAGUUGUCGGAGUUCAACUGCAUGUAUUUUUUUCUCCACAGCGUAUUCAUUUGGAUAUCUCAGUUGGUGAACAUGCUAAUGAUUACCAAGAGAUUGCUGCAAAAGACAAACUAACUGAACUUCAGCUUCGCAUCCGUCAGCUCUUAGACCAAGUAGAACAGAUCAGCAAAGAACAAAAUUAUCAGAGGGUAGGUUGUAGUACUUGACCUGAGAGAUCUUUUUUUAGAUAAUUGCGUGUUAAAUCUUUUUAUCCUUCCAGCAAACAAGUGGGUGAACUCAAAAUUAAUUUUUUUACCCAGUUUAAUUUGAAAGUUAGAACUCAUGGUUUGGCCUUGUGUAUUAAAGGAUUAUCAAGUAGGAGAAACUUUGGCAACCGUAAAUGACCAAAUAAAUGCGCGGGGCUCCUGUGUAAGUUUAGGAGUCCAAGCAGGGGCGUUUAAUAGAUAUGAGGCAUUUAAAAGAGAGAGGUUUUCACUCUCGUAACUGUAACAAGCUCAAUGAAACUACCGGUAAUAUGCUUUCGGCAAAAAAAUCGAGAGAGUUUAAAAAUCCUUGAAUAUCCCUCAAUCAAUAAUUGAUACAUCUAGGCCGUCUAAAGAUCCAUCUCACUUUUUCAAUUCUCAACAUCAAUGUCAGAAUCCUCGUUCAGGGUUAUUGUGUUGCCAUUGUUAGUCUAUCUUGACUUGACACUGAACAAGAUGAAGUAUGCAAGGCCUUGCAAAUCAAGCAAGAAACUGAAUAAAUUGAAUGAUUUUGCUCCUUUUUUUUCUAAUUCCCAGUUUGUUGGAGUAAUUCUAAUAGGGGGUGUCUGUUAGACAUGGGUUAUUUAUUAGAGAAGGGCGACUAAUACAAUUUUAACAGCAUAGAGUGGGCAGUUAUUAGAUAAGAGACAUUUAUUUGGUAGUGGGUGUUUAUUAGGUCAUUUAUAGUAUACACUGUAAGUGAUGCUCAUAAACAAAUCCUGUCUUUGGGAUUACGUUUGCCUAUUUUUGAGUCUUAUUUACUUGUCAUUUCAGUUCCGUGAAGAGAGGUUUAGGCAAACAAGUGAAAGCACCAACCAGCGUGUUCUGUGGUGGGCUCUUGCACAAACUCUGAUACUUUUGGUGACAGGAUUCUGGCAGAUGCGUCAUCUCAAGGGAUUUUUUGAAGCAAAGAAACUAGUUUAAUAAAAUUAACUGUUGGUAGGAAUGCUUGACUGGGAUGAUGAUGGCCCAGCUCUAGAUUGUAUGCCAUGGUUUUUAUGUGAUUGUGGAUGGUAUUUUAGUGCUUAAAGAUAAAAAGCACCUUGAGAAAUCCUUUUGAACGAGAUCUGGAUUUAGAAACUCAAGUUAUUAUCAUUUUUUACACUAGAAUCCUGCUAUUUCAAACAGGUCAAGUAACAGAGAUAGUCUCUUGAGAUAUAUCUGCAUAAUAUAAUAAUCUGAAACGGUGAAAAUACUUAGAUUACUGUGAUGGAAAUAACAAGAUUCUUGUUGUAUAUGGAUUUAUAAGUUCUUAUUUUAUGGAAAGUUCUAGCUGCUCUAACCGGUUAAAAAAUUGCUGUCUUCUCACUCAAUGUCAUCACUUUUUUAGUACUACCAAAAUCCUCAGGGCCUUUAUUCCUUUGUACAAAUUAGGGUUAUUGUUUUUAUUAUUAAACCCACUAUGUUCCAAGAGUGACUAAAAUGAAUUUUCUCCCAACAAUAUCGAUACAUAAACAAGAAAAAAGGUUACGUGAAUUAACAAAAUAAGUAACUAAGGGAAAAUGCUUUGUUCUAUAAACAAAUUCUCUCAACUAAUCCUUCUGGAAAUACUUGGAGACCAGGUUGGAGAAUUUGUAUGUGGAUACUGGGACUUUAAGAGUUAAAUAUCCCUUGAACUUGUAAAUCUUGUGAGCAGAAAGCUAAAUUAUCAAUAAUUCUCUGAGUUUUUGUCAAAUGACACCUUUGUAAAAUGGAUGCUGUCUCAUUUACAUUGUUUUCACCAAGAUAUCUGACUUGAACUCUACAUAUAUACCCAGGGGGGUACUGCGGAUUUCAAGUGACGGGGAUAAUCGAAUGGGGGCAAAAAUCAAAACCCAAUAUAUGACCCUUUGUGUAAUACUUUAUUUGCAGAACUGUGCGGCUGGGAUACGCGGGCACUACCACAAAUCUUCGGAUUGUUUUGAGUACCCCCAAAAAAUCCCUACCAGAAUAAAAAAUUUUGAACCCCCAAAAAUCCUUUGAUCAUUCCCGUCUUUUGAAAUCUGGAGUGCCCUCCAUGGUUAUAUAUAUAAUUCUGCAAGUGCAGGAAAUUAAACUAAAGGUAGCGAAACUAAGAGCUCUUGCCAUUUGUCAGAACAGGAUGGCACGACCAAUACUUUUGUAUAGAGAAUUUCACUGUUUGGGAAUAUGUUAAUUUCACUGUUUGGGAAAAAAAGAUCAGAUUUUGUACCUGAUCUCCAAAUUGACUUUCCUUAUUUUCUCUAUUAAUUUAUUAUUAUUGGGUUUGACAAAAUUGGUUCCACUUUGCCCGU